UGCUUUGGCUGUCGUACUAUUCGUAGUGAAUAAUUUAACUUUGAAAAAAAAAGGAGCAAAUUUGUUGACAAAAAAAAUACAAUUUAAAAAGUGUCAGUGCACUGUUGAUGACAUAAACAAUAAAAAUCUUGAUAAUUAUUUUUCUUGAGAUCGUAUGAGUCUUCAAAUGAUUGAUUGAUUAUUUUUGGUUUUUUUUUUUUUUCUUAAUUUUAUUUUGGAGCAACGGAUAUUUUUUGUUUUUUUACUAUUCAUUUUUGGUUGUCGUUUUUUGUAUUUUUUUUAUUUUUUUUACCAUCAUCAAUUUUCAACUAGUGAUAUUUUCGUGGGAAGAAAAAGGAAAAACGUCAACUUCCGAUAGUGUGUGCAGUGUGUUUUUUUUUUUUUAUUUGUACAGUGCCUGUAUAAUCAUAAACGUGAUAUAUAUUUGAUAUAUAUACGCAUAUACGUAUUAUUUUAUCAUCUUGUGACAGUGGGUGUGAUAUUGCUGAUAUAUAUAUAUAUUUUUUAUUAUUAUUUUUGAUGAACCACUUGGAUAUAUAACUCGAAGAAUAUACGUGUUGAAAAGACAUUUUAUUCAAAAAACAAAAAAAAAUAAAAUAAUAAACCUCAAAGUUGGAUGGUUAAAAUGCCACAAGAACCAAGGUGAUGCAUAAAAGAGUGACAAAAUGGAAACCAAAUCACAAAGUGUCGAUGAUCGACAAACGAUUGAAUCGAUAGUCACUGGAAUACCGAUAUUAAAAAAAAUAUCAUUAAAUACAACUGAUCAUGAUUUAUCAUCAACUAUCAAUGAAAAAAUUAAUGAUCAUCAUCGUGACAAGUUGAAUCACACCAUUGAACUACAUGAAUCAAAAGAUAUGGAUCCUUACAAAGAAUUUGAGAUUUAUCUUGCAAAAGUUAUCGAAGAGAUUGAUGACAUCAUUGUGACAUCACCUCCCACACCAUUGAUUGAAUCUCCAGCAAAGUUUCCCACGAGUCAGUCUGUUACAAAAGCUCAAUCAGCCACGUCGAUCGUACCAAUAUAUCCAAUCGUUCAAGAUAAUUCAAUAAAUUCAAAAACAACACUGUCAACAUUACCAUCAAAUCAAAAUAUUAGCAACAAUAAUAUUGAUAUUAAAAAAUUGAUAAAAUGUAAAAAUAUUGUUGAUACAUCAUCAGUUGUUCAAUAUCGUGAUUUAUUAAAUGAAUUUGGUAUAUCAGAUAGUGAUUAUACAGAAGAUAACAAUAAUUUAUUAAUUGAUAAUAAUAAUAAUAUUAAUAAUAAUUAUAAUGAUAAUAAUAAACAAGAUGAAAAUUGUUGUUUAUUAAAUUCUGACUAUGACGAGCCCAAAGAUAUGAUUCAAUCAUCAACAGAAUCAAAAAAAAUAUAUAAAACUUUACCCGAUAAUUUAUACAAUAAUAAUAUUAAUAAUAAAAAUUAUCAAAUUAAUGAUACAAUAAAUUCUGAUUAUGAUGAACCAAUUGAUAUUAAAUUAGAAAAUUAUAAAAGUUCUAGUCUACCAACUGAUUUUGGUUCAACUGGAAAUAAUAGUAAUAGUAAUAGUAAUAAUAAUAAUAAUAAUAAACCAAAGAAUAUAAUAGAUUCAAAUUUAAAUGAAAAAAUAAUAGCUAUUGAUAAUAAUAAUAAUAACAAUAAUAAUAUUAAUAAUAAUAAAAAUGCCAAAUUGCCACCAAGACAAAUGAAUGAUAAUCGUGAAAAAAAAAAAUUAUCAUCUUGGAGUCCAAUGAGUUUAAAAAAUCGUAAAUUAUCAUAUGGUAAAUUACAAAAAAUAUUUGGUUUAUCUGAAAAUGAAACAAUUGAUGAUGAUUAUGAUGAUGUAUUUAUUGAUAAUAAACAUGAUAUUAUAACACGUUCAAAAUCAUUUGAUGAUAAUGCACCAAAAUCAGCACCAGUUACACCAACUGAUGAAAAAAAAAAUAUAUAUUUAUCAAAAUUAUUACGUAAAAGACAUACACCAAUAUAUAAUGAUUGUAUAAAUGAAGCUGUACUUGUUAGAGUUGCAUCAUUACCAGAUGAAGAUAUAAUUUAUAUAUCAAAUGAACAAUUAAAUGAUACAACAAAUAAAAAUAUGGCUAUGAGAAAUCGUGCUAUAUCACCGUUGACAUUAAAAUGUGAUGUUACUGCUAAAAGAUUAUCUGAAUCUGACAAAGAUAUUAAUCAAAUAAGUCCAGUUAAAUUAAAAACAUUUAAAAAAUUAAUAAAUCAACAAAAUGCCAACAAUAAUGUGCCAACAAAAAUCAUUUGUAAUUUAUCAAUUGAUGAAAAAAAUUUAUCUGAUACAAGUAUUGAAAGUGGCAAAUCAGAUAAUGAAAAAAUUACGGAAAUUUAUGAUGAUGUUGAUCAUCAUGAUUCAGGUGUUGCAUCGUUAUCAUUGGCAUCGAUAAUUUCACGUCUACGAAAUGGUAGUAAUUCAUGUUGUCCAAUAAAUUCAAAUAUGAUUGAAUCAUUUGUUUACACAGACAUGGCAACACAAACAUCACCACCAAUAUCACGAAGUUCAAGUUUUACUUGGGUCAGUGAUUGUGAUUCACCUCGAGCAGAAUCUCAUGUUGAUGAAAAUUCAUUGCGCGAUGAAAGUAUGCUCGAUCCAGCAUCGCCUCAAAAUACUGUAGAUGAUGACAACAGAUCAUCAUCAUCAUCACAAGAUUUACUUCAAAGUAUGGAUGAAAUAUCAUCAGGAAGUAUAUCACCAGAAACAACUGAUCGUGCAUCACCAUUGGAAAGUGGUAUUGGUACUGCAAGUCCACCAAGAAGUACAGACAGACGAUUUAAUAAACCAUCAAUUAAUGAAAAAUGUAGUCGUAAAGAAACAUGGGAAAAAAUACGUCAAAAAACAACAAAAAUACGUUUACCAUGUGAUAGAGAAUUGAGUGAUGUUUGGAUAAGACGUGAAAGUGUUCAUACACAAACACAAGAAACAGAAGAACAAGGAUCACAAGAAGCUGUUGAUAGUAGUAGUGGCCUUGAAGAUAGUCUACCAAGAACAAAACCACCAAGACCAACAAAUCUUCCACUCGGACUUAAUAAAACAGUGAGUAAUUCAUUGAGUUCAGGAAUGAUGCUUGAGACAAUACCACGUGCUCCAUCAUCACCAUCUUCAGCAAGUUUACAACUUAAAAAUGAACCACUUGGUAUUGAACUUGGUGGUAAAAGUAAUAGUGCACCAUUACUUGAAAAUAAUAAUCCAGAAAUAAUCAAGGACACAAAACAGAUUGUACAGCAGCCGAGAUCACAAUCAGAACGUCAAUUAUCCGAAAUUGAAGCUCAAGAAGCUUGCAAGUGGCUAAGAGCAGCUGGAUUUCCUCAAUACGCACAGAUGUAUGAAGAUUAUCAAUUUCCUAUUGAGGUGUCGGGUGUUGCUAAGGAUCAUCCAUUCUUGGAAACAGACUCAUUGCAAAGUUUGUAUCGUCGUCUUCACGCUCUUAACCGUUGUGCAAAUAUGAAGAUAGAUACUCAUCAUACACAUCAUCAUCACAACACCAGUCACAGUAAAAAUACUGGUGGAGGUGGCGGUGAUGAUUCAGAUGAGGAUACCCAGUGUGCAUUGAGUGAAAAUUGGACAUUUGAAAAAAAAACAAGAAGAUGGUCACGUGUUGUUGAUAUAACACCAAGUCAACAAGAAAGACUUCAGGCAAUAGCAGCUGGUAAAAUAACAUUAGAAGAAGAUGUACUUGAAGAUCGUCUUGAAGCUGAAGAAGCUGAUGAUACAAUGAUUGAUAAUAUAAAUAUUAGAAAUAAUCCACAAACAGAUGAAUUAAGUCCAAGAUUUAGAAGAUCUGGAUCAGAAAGAAUACGUGAUAGUGCUAAACAAGCAUUAGCAUUUUUACGUCGUGUUGAAUCAUUAAAAUCACGUCGUAGAAAACGACAAAAUCGUGAGGGUGUUGUUAUAAGUGGACCACAAGUUGUUGAUGUUAUGACAAUGCAACAAAAAAUGAAAGAUCUUAAUUGUGUUGAUGUAUCACCAACUGGAUUACUAACAAUACCAUUUGAUUUAAUACCAGCAUCAUCAUUAAAUCGUCCAGUAUCACCAUUAACAUUACCACCAUCACCAUUUAGUUUAAUACAUACAAAUAUGUCAACAUCAAUAAGUCCAUUUGGUGAUGAUUCAUCAAGUUAUUGUUCAGAUGGCUCACAAGGUGGUGGUCCAGCACCAACACCAACAAAAACAAAAUUAAAUAGAGCUAAAAGAUUUCUUUAUCGUAGUAAAGAUGAUCAAGGUGCACUGAGUGAUUCUGAAUGUCAACCAUCAAGUUGGCGACAUAAAUAUCUUAAAGAUACAAAUUCAAAUAAUACAAAAUUACUUGAUUUUGUUAAUAUGCAACAACAAAAACAAAUGAAACAUCAACAACAGCAACAGCAACAACAACAAUCAACACCAAUAAAAACAACACCAAUUAAUUCACGUGGUGGUAGUUUAAAUCUUGGUAAAGAAUCACAACGUUAUCGUGAUAAAUUAAUUGAUAAAGAUGAUAAAAUAACAACAACAGCAUCAACAAUAAAUGCAACAGCAACAGUAGCAGCAACAUUAACAACAACAACAUUAAAAAGAGAAGAAAAAAUGAGUAAAAGUUUUAAACAUAUACGUGAUAAUUCAUACAAAGAAAUUAAACAAUUGGAAAAAGAUGUUACAAUAUAUAGAGAUAAAUCAAGAUCAAGAAGCUCUGAGUUAGCUGGUAGCCAAGAGAGUAGUUCAACAAUGGCCAGUAGAGAUUCUGAUCAAGAUGAUGAAUCACCAAGAUUAAAAGGUACAGUUGUUAGAUGGCAUAGUUUUCAAAGAGGCUCAUUAUAUCCAGAAACACUUGAUCCACUUUGUCAAAGAGCAAUGGCAUCAAUGUCAUGUGGACAAUUACUUGUAUUACGUAAAUUAGCAUUAUUAAAAUUAACAGCAUGUAUGGAAAGAUAUUGUCCAACUCAUCGUACUGGUUGGAAUUGGGAAUUACCAAAAUUUAUAAGAAAAAUUAAAACACCAGAUUAUAAAGAUAAAACAGUAUUUGGUGUACCAUUAUUAUUAUCAUUACAACGUACUGGACAAGCAUUACCAAAAUGUAUACAAAUUGCAUUACGAUGGUUACGUGCAAAUGCACUUGAUCAAGUUGGUAUAUUUCGUAAAAGUGGUGUUAGAUCAAGAAUACAAAAAUUAAAAGUUAUGACUGAAACACAAGGUGAUAAUAUUAAUUUUGAUGGACAACAAGCAUUUGAUGUUGCUGAUUUAGUUAAACAAUAUUUUCGUGAAUUACCAGAAGCAUUAUUAACAAAUAAAUUAUCUGAAACAUUUACAGCAAUAUUUCAACAUGUACCAAUUGAAUAUAGACCAGAUGCUGUACAAUGUGUAUUACUACUUUUACCAGAUGAACAUCGUGAAGCACUUGAAACAUUACUUGAUUUUUUAAAUCAUGUUGCUAAUAAUUCACCGUACAAUCAAAUGACACCAUCAAAUUUAGCAGUAUGUCUUGCACCAAGUUUAUUUCAUUUUAAUCAUACUAAUUCAAAUAUUACAAAUAGAUCAAGUAGUGUAUCACCAAGAAGAAGAAAAACAGUUGGAAUACCUGAUCAACGUGAAUUAUCAGAAAAUAAAGCUGCACAUGAUUGUCUUCUUUAUCUGAUUAAAAUGCAUCGUGAAUUAUUCAUGGUUUCGUCAGAUAUGCUAACACAGUGUCACUUUAAUUAUAUGGAAGAAAGUGUACCAGUUGCACUUGAAGAACUUGGAUCAGAGAUGAAACAAGACUGGCGUGGAUAUUUACAUGCUUGUACAUCUGCAUUAUUAAAAGAAGGACGAGAAAAAAGCCGAGGUUGGGUAUCAGUAAAUAAUCCAGCAGAUACAAGUGUUGAUAUGGCAUAUAAAAAAGUUGGUGAUGGUCAUCCACUUCGUCUAUGGCGUGUUACAACUGAAGUUGAAGCACCACCAAAUGAAUUAUUACAUCGUGUAUUACGUGAAAGACAUAUAUGGGAUCCACAACUUUUAAAAUACAGAAUGGUUAAUAAAUUGGAUGCAAAUGCUGAAAUAUUUCAAUAUGCCUCAGGCAAUAUGAGCCCAUUACCAGCACGUGAUUACUGUAUUUUGAGAUCUUGGCGUACUGACCUACCCAAGGACGCUUGUGUUAUUGUUGAAACAUCAGUUGAACAUCCAGACGCACCAGUCAUGCUGGGCGGUACUCGUGGUAUAGUACUUGCAUCACGUUAUCUCAUUGAAAAAUGUGGAAGUGGAAAGUCACGAAUCAUGCAUUUGUCCAGAGUCGAUACAAAAGGACGAACCCCAGAAUGGUACAAUAAAAGUUAUGGCCAUAUUGCUGCUCUUCAUUUGAGUAAAAUACGUAAUUCAUUUAAACAUACUGCUGAUGGUCCAGAGAGCAAAGUCUGAGAAUGGGCAUCCAUGCAAUGGGCAUUAUUGCAUGGAUCUAAAAAUACAGAUGAUAUUAAUACACCAUCAUCAUCACACUCGUCAGAAUCAUUUGAUCAAGAUCUACUGACUGUUCCUCUUACAAUUGAGGAAUAAUUUUAAUAAACAAUAAGAUUUAAUCAAUAACACGUUUUUUUAUUACGUGAUAUAUUUUAUAUUGUUUUUGGACCAAAUAUCACUCAUCAACUAUUUUUUUUUUUUUUUUUUUUGUAUUAUAGUUUUUUUUGUAAUUGAUAAUAACUUAAUAAUUAAUGGAGGAAGUUUUUUUUUUUUUAUUUUUUUUUUUUUUCACCCUUGCACAAUAAAUUAUACAAUGGCCAAUUGUACGUAUAUAAAACUACGUAUGUUUACUUAUUAUAAAAUCAAUUUGAUAUUUUGAAAAAAAAAAAAAAAUUAAUUUACUUGAAUGUUGUGCUAAUUGUCGGAAUGCUUGCGGGUCAUAGUAUUUAAUGAAAUGAAAAAAAAAAAAAUAAAUAAGAAACAAAUGAAAAACAAUUUAUAAUUGUCGUUUGUUGUUUAUUAUUAAAAAUAAUUAACGCGAGUAUAUGAUAGUUUAUCUUAUUGAUGUAAAACAUUUAUUUUUUAUUUUUUGUCUAUUUGGAAAUGUAUGAUGUUAAUGGUGCACAAUGCAUUUGUUCAAAAUACCUGGAGAAAAAUAUGGACCAUUCUGUUACAGGGUCUCUGAUAAUUUAUAUAUUGUCACUGUG